GAGGUACAGAGUCAACUAACCAUGGCCGACGCUCUCAUCUCCAUCGUUGUGGAUCAGCUGUUCAACAUCCUCAAGGACCAAGUCGAGGAGCUAAGAGCCGCGAUGGGUGUGGAGAAGGAGAUCACAAGCCUCUCAUCAAAGCUGAAGAAAAUGAGGGAGGUAUUAGAUGAUGCAGAGAAGAGAAGCUUCAAGGAGAAUGGCGUCAAGCUCUGGGUCGAUACGAUCCAAGACUUCUCCUACGAAGUGGACAACGUUCUGGAUGAGUGGCGCACCAGAAUCCUCACACAACAGAUCGAGAGGUCCGAGGUUGCAGCUCCGGUAAUUCGUAGAAAAACAAUAGGUUGCUCCUCUUUCCUGCCUUCAUGUUUCCAUUUCAAAAAGCUGGUUGUGCAUCGAGACAUCGCGCUGAAAAUAAAGGAACUCGAUUCCAGGCUUGAUCAGAUUGUGAAAGAGAAAGAGCAGUACAAUUUUCUCGCUGUAACGCACACUUCUGAUCAGGAAUCGAAACGGGUCACCACUACUUCGUUUGGUGUGGAUACAUCAGAGAUUCAGGGUCGGGAUAUUGAUGCCAGUGAUUUAAUAAGAGAGUUGGUGAAGAAAGAUGAUGGAGAAGAAGCAAUAAUAAGAAAUGGCCCCCCUGUUAUUUCCAUAGUGGGCACUGGAGGGAUAGGGAAAACUACACUUGCUCAACUGGUCUUUGGGGAUGAACAGAUAAAGGCUCAUUUUGAUGAAAGGGUGUGGAUUUGUGUUUCGCACCCUUUCGACGAGAUCAAGGUUGCGAAAGCCUUUGUUGAGUCAAUGACUAAAAGCUCCACAAAUCUGUCUCAGCUGCAAGUGCUACUGGAAAGAAUCCAAACCAGUUUGUCCAACAAAAGGUUCCUGAUUGUGUUGGAUGAUGUGUGGACAGAGCAGUCUGCAAAGUGGGAGCCAUUUAAGAACUCUCUCAAGGUUGGACUCCCCGGGAGUAGAAUCUUGUUGACCUCGAGGAGCGAGCGGGUUGCAAGAGUGAUGGGAACUGUGUAUAUGCAUCGGUUGGAUCAAAUAUCCGACUCGGAUGCUUGGUUGCUGCUUAGCAGGAUUGCAUUUUCUGGGAGAAGGGAAGAGGAUUGUGAGAAACUGAAAGAUAUUGGCCAGAAAAUUGCUCAAAAGUGCAAAGGACUUCCACUUGCUGUUAAGGCCAUGGGGAGCCUGCUUUGUUUCAAAAACACUGAGGAGGAAUGGCAAAAUGUUUUUGACAGUAAAAUUUGGGAGUUGGAGGAAGUGACAACAGAUCUCUUUCCUCAUUUGUAUCUUAGCUAUGAUGAUUUAACCCCAAAGAUGAAGCGAUGCUUAUCAUAUUGUUCCAUCUUUCCCAAGGAUUAUGAUAUACAAGUAGAUAAGCUCAUCAGAAUUUGGAUGGCACAAGGUUAUCUGACAACAACAACUGGAAGUGAUCACAAUCAGAUGGAACUAAAAGGCCGGGAGUUAUUUGGGGAUUUAGCAAUGCGUUCUUUCUUCCAAGAUUUGGAGAAAGAUGACAUGGAUUCCAACACUAUCAUAUCUUGCAAAAUGCAUGACAUAGUGCAUGAUUUUACCGAGUUCCUUACCAGAAAUGAAUGCCACAGUAUCGACCAGCACGAGGAUAAGGUCAAGAUUGAAAAUCUACGCCAUCUGUCAUGGCAGAAAUCGGGAAGGCCUGUGAAUCCUGCCUCAGUUUGUGACAUUGGAAAGCUUCGCAGCUUUUUCGCAGAAUACCUUUCUCCAAAAGAACUUACUCCUAAUCUGUUCAAUGGUCUGAAGUCUGUGAGAGUAUUAGGAUUGCACGGCUGUGAAUUGCAUGAACUCCCAAAGGAGAUAGGAAAUUUGCUUCAUCUAAGGUACAUUGAUUUAAGUUACAGCCAGGUAGAAGAGUUACCUGACGCAAUUUGCUCUUUGUACAACUUGCAAACAUUAGAUCUUGAAGGGUGUAGGCAUCUUUCUAGACUACCUGAAAGAAUUGACAAAUUGAUAAACUUGAGACACCUUAACAUCAGAGACACCCCUAGGUUGGAGAUCUUGCCUCAAGGUAUAGCAAAGCUAACUCAGCUUUGUACUUUGAGUGACUUUGUGGUGGGGAAAGAGUCAACUAAUUUGGGAUACAUGGAGAAGUUGAACCAACUCCAAGGGAAUCUGUCAAUUCAUGUUAUUGGUGAUCUGAACAAUGCAGCAGACGUUGAGGAAGCCGAGAAUGCAGACUUGAAAAACAAGAAGCACCUCAAAGAAUUGCGUUUCAAUUUCUUUUGGGAAAGUGAGGUGAGAGUAGAUGUGAUGGAAGCUCUAAAACCACCUCCAAAACUGCAAAGCUUGAUAAUUGAUGGAUACAGAGGAAUCCAAUUACCCUCCUGGAUCACACUGUCCCUCGAUAAUCUACGAGUUCUUGAAAUCAACGAGUGCUUUAAUUGUUCGUGUUUGCCUCCACUAGGAAAACUGCCUUGUCUCGAAACUCUUUGCGUACGCCUUAUGGACGAGCUAAAAUAUGUUGGGAGUGAGUUUCUGGGAGUAGCAGAAGUAGGUGGUGUUGCUUUUCCAAAGCUGAAGAAAUUGCAUUUCUCAUAUUGUUCAGAGUGGAAGGAGUGGCAAGAGUUGAAGAAAGAAGCAGCAAUUGAGUCAAAAAUAAUGCCAUGUUUGAGGGAGUUAGAAGUAGAUUGUUGCAGAAAACUGAAGACAGUGCCCCAUCACUUGGUAAGUAGGACACCACCACUGGAGUCUUUGAAGAUCAAGGGCUGUCCUAGUUUGAAACUUGAUUACAGUGACAUGUCUCACAUUCCACAUUCUACUCUUCAUAUGUGAAUUGUGUCUUUUUUAGUCAUACAACAAGAUAUUUAAGUUUAAUUUUGGGAUACAAUGUUAUUCCAAAGUUGCAUCCCAUGGUAAGUAAGACCUAUUAAGACUCUACUAUUAUACUUGUAGUAAGACACUUAUUAUUGUGCAUUCUAUGUAUUUAUGUACUGUACAAUUCUACUGUGAAUAUCAUUUUGGAAUUGUGGUUCUCAUUUGGUAUAGUAGUCUCGGGUUUCUCAUGACUUAAA